AUUUACAUUUGAUAAGCAUGGCCACCCAAAGCAUCUGCCAAUUUAAAAAAUUACAAAUUAAACACAAGUAUAGUAGAGAACUCCAAAAACGUGAGUAAAGAAAAUAAUUCGCAGUGUGUGUAUAUAUAUAUAACUUUUAUAAGUUGAAGUUGAGUGACCUUGUUGAAGCUAAUGUAAAAAAUUUGCUUUGGUAUAAUGCUAAAUCUAGGCUCAAUGCCUUUGUUCAAACAGAGCCCAAGGGCGAGGGAGAAAAUGCCAAUGUCCGCUGAGUUGAAGUUGGCGUAGGCUGUAGUAGCCUUGUUGCAUCCAAAAUAGAAGCCGAAACCUUGUCCGCCUCUCUACACUUCCAGAUAUAUCAUUUGCUUCAUUGAAAGCUUUCUUCUGAGUUUUUUUGUCUCCCUUGAAAGCGUUUGUGCCAGCAGCUGCUACAGAUCCCAGCUCGGUUCCUCCGAUUCGGUGCUGCUAUGGAGGAGGAGCAGCCUUCUCGAAAGCGCCCAUUCCCCGAGGACGAAGACCUCAACAGCAAACACUCCGCGCAAAAGAGGGUGAGAUUUCCAAAAGGAAAGAAGGUGAAGCCAGGAGAAGAAGCUGUUGGUGCAACCCAAACAGGUGAUGGUUCAAAAGAAUGGAAUGCUGAUCCCCGCCUUGCUGCCAAAGAGCGUGCAAAUCGGCGCAGUCAGAUGACAACUGAGCUUUGUAGUGAAGAAGGUAGAGGGAUUCUUCAUGACAUCUCAGCAGCUGAAGUGAAUUAUGAGGACAAUGACACUUUUGUUGAUGAUGGGAUCCAAAUAGAACCUUUUAAUCUGGAGAAAGAGAGGGAAGAAGGGUACUUUGAUGCAGAAGGAAAUUUUGUUGAGUACGUGAAUGAUAGUGAAAUUAAGGAUGCUUGGCUUGAUAGUGUUGAUGUCGAUCCAAGAUUCGCUGAGAAGGCCUCUACAGUUACAAGUAAUGAAGAUGACAUUGACCUAUCAUCUGCUGAAAUUGGGAAGAUGAAGAGGCGUAUUGCUGAUCUACUUGGGCCAGGAGAGACUAUUCUACAAGCUUUGAAAAGGUUGAAAGGAACUUCAAAUAGCAAGAAGGAAAAGAUGCCUCCAGAAAUAAAGCUUCUGUUUGACCAGCUAACAGAAGAUGCCAUGAAGCUAAUGGAGAAUGGCGAUUACAACGUGUAUCAUGAAAGACAGGAAGUUUUUGUACGCGAAGCAGAAGGAUAUGAGAGGUUGGCUCAGGUUAGAGGAGAGGGCACAUCGAGUUCUGGCGAUGGUAAUCCUGAUUCUGGUUUGGUGAAGGACUUGUUUUCAAGUGCGAUCAAUCCUGGAGUAGCCUCUUCAGUAUUUCCUGACACAGCUCUUGGUCAUUCACACCUGAAUGCAUCUACUGGAGAAAUUUCAUCAAGCAAUGGCGCCGAGACAUUUGAUAUGUUUGCGGAAGAUGAUGAAAAUAUUACUCCCAAUCCAUCCUCUGAUAAUGGAAAUUCGAUUACCAGCCCCCAUCCUGAUAGAAUGAAUCAACCAUUAUCAGAAGCUUCAAACAUGGGUUCUGACACUGGAAAUAUGCAAAAUGAUUACGUAUAUGACGAAUCUUCUGGGUACUACUACAGCAGCAGUUUGGGCUAUUACUAUGACCCAUCCACAAAAUUGUAUUGUUGUGCAGCAUCAGGACAAUGGUACUCAUUUAAUGAGCAUACAGGUGCUUAUGAAGAAAUUAAUGAAGUUGCAUCCAGUGUGAGCUGAAGAAGAAAGUUUUGGAACUUCCAAGUGUUUGUACAGAUCAGAAAGGCCUAGAAUCUCGGAUAGCAUUUGUUAUUUUAUUUUAUUUUUUUAUUCCCAUCUCACUUUCCAGUUCAAGACCCAAGUGCACCGGAUGUAUCUGGUUUAUAAUCUUGUUAACUGUUCUUACCUCUCUCAUCUUGUUCGAUGGAUGAUAAUUAUAAAACCAAGGCAUUAAUGCUUUCUUCUCA